AUGAAAGCUAGAGAGUAUUGCUGUUGCGCAAUCCCCUUGGUCAAAGCUGGUAUAUAUACUACGCUGAUUGAACAAUUCUCUCUUGGGAUUAUCAUAGGCACCCUUUCUGUUGGAACGCCUUCUAUUGUUGGAGCAGCAACUCCUUCAUACGCCCCGUUGCUUCUUGCAAUAGCAUGCUACGUGGGUGCUGCAAUUCAAAUUCUUGGAUUCAUAGGUGUAUUUAAGGAGAAACAUAUACUUUUCCGCCGCUAUGCCACUCUACACGCCCUCGUCACCAUUGUUGUUUUCGCAAUUGCCGCGGCAUGGGUCAUUGUUUCAGCCAAAAGUCACUCGACUGCUGUGACCAACUGCGAGAACAAAUACUAUCCUACUGCGGCCAACGGUAGCAAUACUACCGAGGGUCAAACUGUCUGCGGCAUUAUCACCUGGGUUGACGUCGGGCUGAUGGCCGGUGCUUGGGUCUUUUUUGCUCUUGUGCAGGCAUAUCUACUCUUUGUUGUUUCAUCUUACGGGACUGCCCAAAGUCGGGAUUACGAGAAGUACGACGCUCUCAAUGAUACCACAAAACCACUGACGGAUAAUAUUCCGAUGUCUGAUCGUGGUGAUCCUUGGGACUACAGAGCGUCUGCCGAGUACGAGGAUGGCCGCGGUUAUAUGCGAAACGCAAGUACGGCAUCAACCAUGAAUGCUCCAUUACAGAAAGAAAGAUACGCCGAUGGUCAAUCUUAUCUUACGCCGACCUAUCCCCCUCAACCUGAGUCGCAAUUUGAGCGGCAGCAAUCGACACGAACUGCCCCUUUGAGCACACACACUCAGAGCCCUCAGCCUGCACCAUAUGCUAAUAACUAUUACGACGCUGAUAGUCUGGCUGGGCAACCUGCACCCACUCAGGCUCACCCCGGUGUGUAUUGA